CAAUCCGAGUGGAUCCGAGAUUGAUUAUCAACCCCAACCUAUAUAAAAUAACAAAUCCCGAGGAAAUUGGAUACUUCUCUGGUUCUAAAUGGCAAAGGAACAGAUUAUCAAAGAAAACACCAACUGCUAAGGAUUCGCCGCCACGAUGGCUAGAGCUUGGAAUAGCUGCUGAUUACUCCGUGGUAGAUUUUCAUGGAAUUCGAGUACAGCAAUAUAUCUUGGCUCUUUUAAACAUCGUCAGUGCAAUUUACAUGGACCCAUCGCUCGAAUCCAACAUGAUUCUAGUGAUCGUACGAAUGAUUUUAUACGCGGAAAAACGAGACGUUAUGGUCCGCCGUGGCGAUGCCAGACGAUCUCUCGAGAACGUUAACAAAUGGAACAGAAAGAUGCUGUCCUCGAAGGACGUAAAUCACGAUGUUGCUGUAUGGUUGACGCGAUUAGAUAUAGGAGGUCCUUCCGGUUACGCACCUGUGUCAGGAGUAUGCUAUCCCGCGAGAUCGUGCGCGUUAAAUCGAGACGAAAGCUUGACCAGCGCAUUUAUCAUCGCUCACGAAGUAGCACACAUGUGUGAAUGCCGCGAGUGUCAUGACCAGCCUUUCACGUGCUCUUGGCGCGCCUUCUACUGGCAAAGAUGGGACGCUACUUGAACUAACACGAGAUGUUAGUUUUCCGAGAAGAUCACGAUAUCUCUGCGGGUGAGGAAGUUCGGCAACUUGUACCGCUGUAAUAUAAUUCCAAAUUACCCUGCGGAGAUACCGAGUUUACGACACGUCCCUGGCUAUUGAGCGCGGGAUGAAGUAAAUUUCUAUGUUAUUGCUUAAUAAUUUAUGAUUCCAAUUGAAAAAUAAGCUUCUUCGCGACCAUGCUAUAAGCUUCACCGACGAAGACGUGCUUCCUUAGCGAGGCUCCUGACGAACAAGGAAUGAAAACCAUAGCGACUCGAUUCGUCCGUAAUUUUAACUGUUAAUUUUCGCCUAAUUAAUAAUUGUUCUAACUCCAUCUAAAAAAGAAGAAAAAAAAAGUAAUUGAUGAAUCCACGUAUGCGUACAUUGUUAUAAAGAACGAUAUGAUGUGUAAAUAAUUAUAAGUUACAAAGAAUAAAAUAAUAAAUAAUACGAUGAAAAUUGUA